GGAGACGCGGGAGCCCUGGCGGACCGAAGGGAGGGGCCUGAACUGGGAGCAGGCCAGGACGCCUGGGUCCCCGCAGGGCUCUGAGGACAGGGUACCCCCCUCCGAGCCCCUCCCCAGCCCCAGAAGCCGUUUCCAUCACGUCAGUCGCGCUGGCGGCCCGGGGCAGGAAAUGCUGCGUCACGCCAUCGACCACAUCCCCCCCCAGCCCCGCCCCGCUCCCGACACGGCCCCGGCCAGCCAUGGGGCACCGCCCGGCCCAGCCCGCGGGCCCUCGCCACCCCCCACGAGCCGCUGGCUCACCGGGCACCCACCACUCCCGGCCCUGACCGGAUCGCCGACGAUGCCCCCGUCUCUGCCCCCCGUCCCCGCGCUCCCGCCCCCUUCGCCGCCCCCCGCCCCGCCCUGCGUCCCCUGCCUGGCGGCCAUGUUGGCGCUGGCCGGGGUGGCCGGCCUCUUCGCCGUGCUCUCGGCCCUGCUGGGCGAGCGGCUCUUCCGGGCCGCCCGGGCCCGGGGGGUGCCCAGCGUGUGGCGCCGGGGGGGGGCGCUGUGGAUCGAGCCGGCGGCCCCGCCCCAGCCGGACGGAGCCCCCCAGGCGGAGGCGGGCGAGCUGUGGAUCCCGCGGCCCACGCCCGGCGCCGAGGACUGGUACCGGGGGCCGACCGGCAGCACCGCGGCCUUGUGGGACGCCGAGGCGCCAGCCUGGGGGGCCCAGCCCCACGUCACCCUGCAGGACAUCUCCGACUUCUUCCGGCGAGGAGGGGGCGGCCUGGGGAGGGGGCCGUGAGCACAGGCGCGGGGGGGGGCAUCAGGAGGCAACCCCCCCCCGUGGCCCCCAGAAGCAGCAUUCACCCCAUGGAUGUUGGGGCUGAGCUGAGAUUUUGGGGGGACAUCUUGAAAACUCUGGGGCGCCCCACAAGCCCGCUGAGGACCCCCCCAUUGUCCCCUGGCACGGGGCUCUGUUUGCCCCAUCCACUGUUACUUCUCUCCUGCCAGGGGGCUCAGCCGGGCCUGCACCCCCCGCCCUCCCCCCCACCCGCCAUGGGGCACAGAGACACGGGGAAUUUCGGCCAGCGGCCAGUUCACGGGGCUACGGACAAGUGCAGAAGUGGCCGAAGCUCCUGGCUCCGUUAACAACCCCUGGGGGGGCGGGGGGCUCGGUGUGUCCCCCAUUCACCCCCCGCCUGCUUUGCCGCGGCUGCCCAGAGCACGGCCUGGGGGGCUCGGCCAGGCCCGGCGUUCGGUGGCCGGCCUGUGGCGCGAACGGCCCGGCACCGACUCGCGCAAUAAAGAGUCUCGGUGUUGCCUGGA